AGUUUUAGAGGUUUGUCAUAACCUUAAAUUUUUUUUUAUCGGACAAGGAGGCACUGGAGGAAUGGAGUCAGAUUGGAAAAAGCAAGAUGACUGGAAGGGAGGAGAGUAAGGAUUUCAUCCUCAUCGAUGGGAAUGAUAAGGAUCUGGAUAUUUGCAGACAUGAGGACGAGCUGAUGAAUCGCGUAUGGAGGCUCUCGAAACCGCCGUCGGAGAUGAGGUUGAAUGAACCCACGAUAACCGCCCGACGAAUUUAUCGUCAGAAUCGCCUUAUCAGGGGUACUGACGCAUCCGCUCGUCAGUCUGCUAGUGAUAAUGCCUCGGAGGAGGGUGAUAAGGGGAGAGGAGUUGAAGACCCCUGCGGAUGCUGCGACGUCUGCCCCACUCGUCACAUUCGUAGGAAAAAGUGCAUGAGUAAUGAAUAGUUUUUGUAAUGAUUCAAAGUAAAACAUUGCCCUGUGAAUUUGACGCAAUGUCCAGCCGGAAAUGCAUUCAGGAGCUGAUUUCCGGUGGUUGUGAAUAAAAAAUAUGUUAACAUGACUAUGACAAUUUUAUUUUUAUUCGAAUUAGUGGAUAUUUAAAAAAACUACUGCAUUUAUGACCAAAAUAUCAUCUUAUGAGUCAGUCGGCGACAUGAAGAAUGUAUUUAUAAAUCCAUUUCCGGCGAUUUGUCACGAAAUAUUGGUUGAAAGUCUUGAGAAGAAAGAAAAUCUCGAUGCAAGCCUUUUUUCUUAUCCAAGUUAAUUUUUUACAAUGCAUUGAAUCAACAGAAACUAUCAAUUCAAUAAAAUUAGUAAAAAUAUCAAAGAUUGUUUAU